UCUGCGCCUCUGUGAAGUCUGUGAUAUUGGGUACUCUUUAUCCCUCCCCCUCACCUUACCUUUUUUGUUUAUUUUUUAAGUUUGUUACCAUAAAAACGUGCUCUCCAUUAGUCUGUGACGUGUUCUAAGAAACUGAUAACACGAAAACCGAACUGAUAAUCUUUUUUGUUUGUUAAAUUACUUAAGUACGAAGUUAAUUUAAUAUCUACAGUAAUUAUAAUGAGUCGUCACUUAAAAGCCUUAAUUGGGCCUAGUAUUCUCAAUGCCGACUUAUCGAAGUUGCAUGAAGAAUCUCAAAAACUUUUGGAUAACGGUGCGGAUUAUUUACAUUUAGAUGUAAUGGAUGGGCACUUCGUUCCUAAUCUAACAUUUGGUCAUCCAGUAGUGAAGUGUCUUCGUGGUAAAAUAAAGGAAGCCUUUUUUGAAACUCAUAUGAUGGUGUCAAAACCCGAGCAGUGGAUAGCUCCUAUGGCUGAUGCAGGUGUGAAUCAAUAUACAUUUCAUAUUGAACCAGUGGAUAAUGUUGCAGAUGUAUGUAGAAAAAUAAAAGAACAUGGCAUGAAGGUUGGGGUGGCAAUCAAACCUGGUACACCAGUAUCUGAAGUUGAAAAAUACAUAAACAUAGCUGACAUGGUGCUUAUAAUGACAGUUGAACCUGGCUUUGGGGGUCAGAAAUUCAUGGAGGAUCAGAUGGAAAAAGUAAAAUACCUUCGGGAAAAUUAUCCAUUACUAGACAUUGAAGUAGAUGGUGGAGUAGGCCCUUCAACAAUAAAUUGCUGUGCUAAGGCUGGGGCUAAUUGGAUAGUAUCUGGAACAGCAGUUAUUGGAGCAGCAGACCAAUCUGCCACCAUUAAACUUCUGAGAGACACUGUACAUAAUGUCAUUAAUAAGAAUUAAUUUUAACCAAGCUGUGUGAAUAAUUAAAAAUAUUGGUGAUGAAAACGGAUCUUAAAUAAAUGAAAAACAUGGUGCUAUGUAUAACUAUUAUUAACAUUAAAAUAAAUGUAUAAUAUACUUGUACAAUAAAAAGUACACAUUCCUAUAGAUAAGUGCCUUAAAAAUAAUAUUGUUUUGUAAUUUUUUAAAUAAAAUAAACAACUUAGUUUUCA